UUCAUGGCUAGAAGUGAAUUUACAAGUGCAGCGAAAACGGUGCAGAAUGCGAAGAAUGGCGAAGAACAUGGACGAAGGCGACUUUCUCGCGUUAUUAGCGUAAAUUUUGUGUGCUCGACAAUAUGAGCCGUGACGGAGUUUUCACCGAGAGUCCAAGUGCUGUGUGCCUGCAGUGUAAGCAGGACGAUUUAAAAUUCUCGGAGACGAGUACACGCUCAGAUUAGAAUAAGUUGAGACUAUAAUCAAAAACAUGGAUGGUACAAGGGCCGCCGAGGUUCUUCCUCUCCUUCAAGAACGCCUUGCUAUACUUCCUGGCAGUCGAGAUCGUCGAGGAGGUCCUGUUCUGGUGUUUCCGACAACGCCAAGACGCGAACGUGCAAAACCCGAGGACUAUCGACGACUUUUACAGUAUCUUCUAACCAUUCCAAACGAUGAAACCAGAGGACUGCGCUUUACAGUCGUAGUGGAUAUGCGAGGUGCUACUUGGGACUCUGUGAAACCAAUCCUGAAGGUAUUACACGAACACUUUCAUCGAUCGGUCCACGUUGCAUUUAUCAUCAAGCCAGAAAAUUUCUGGCAGAAGCAGAGGACUUCGCUGGCCAAACAGAAGAAGUACAACUUUGAGAUUAAUACGAUUAGUUUAGAGGCGCUAGCCAAAGUUAUAGAUCCCUCUCAACUCACAGCGGAUUUAGAUGGAUCCUUACAGUACGAUCACGCUCAGUGGAUAGACACUAGACUUGCCGUAGAAGAUUUUACCUGGCAGGCUGCUGAUCUUUUAGAUAGAUUAGAUGACUUACAAGAGGAUCUCAGUCGCAAUGAUUUUGCCGAUGACGUCGGUGGUGCGAAACACGGUAUCGAUUUGCACAACGAAAUGAAGAAGAAAAUAAUGAAGGUUCCUGUCGAGGAGGUCGAAGUCGUUGGACAGAGAUUAUUACAACGAUUUAAUAAUGGUGUAACGGGGAACGGCGGAGAAGGCGGAAGCAUUGAAUCAGGAGCCACAGGUGGUUCCGAUUCGGACGGUCGAGCUUUAGCCUCGAUGGUGAUUCAGCAUCUGAAUUCGGUGCACGCGGCGCAGCAACACCUCUUGAAACUCUGGCACAUAAAGAAAAUAAAAUUGGACCAGUGCUUUCAGCUCCGUUUGUUUGAGCAGGACUGCGAGAAGAUGUUCGAUUGGAUUUGCCACAACAGGGAGAGUUUUCUCGGCAAUUACGUUGAGAUUGGUCGAUCCUACCAGCUCGCUAAGAAUCUCCAAGAGGAACACAAGCAUUUUACCAUGAGUUCAAUGAAUGUCUAUGUCAACAUCAAUAAAAUCCUGACAAUGGCCGGCAGACUCUUAGAGACUCAGCAUUACGCUGCUGGUCACGUACGUGCUGUUGCAGGUAGAUUGGAUCGUGCAUGGAAAGAAUUUGCCGCCGGACUCGACGAGAGAACUGCCGUUCUUGGACUGAGUGUUGUUUUUCAUCACAAAGCGGAGCAGUACGUCGACAGUGUCACCGGCUGGAGCAAAGCGUGUGACACUCCAAAUCUGCCGAAUGAAAUACCCGUUCUUGAAUCUCACAUCCGACAGCAUCAGACUCUCUACGAGGCCAUGUGUCAAGCUUACACGGAGGUCUACAAUGCGUACCAAGCACUUUUGAGUGGACUGGGUUCAAUGCUACAAGUAUGUCAUAGCGCAAGCACAGUCGGCCUUGCAGGCUCCGAUGUCUUUCACGAUGAUUAUGUUCAUAGCACCAGUAAGAAGCUUCUUUACCAACUGGACCAUCUUGUUCAAGUCUGUAAUCAACCUCAGGGGAUUGACCAUGCUACCAGGAAACAUAACCAGGAUGGUCAUGGAAUGGACGUUCGAGGAGGAAUGAGUGGAAAUCCCGCUGCAGAUUAUAGUGAGGGCGCAUCUCACGUUCUUGCCGUGAUUCAUCAAAUCUUGGGUCAUCACCGAGCACUCGAGGCUCGUUGGCAUGCUCGCAAAAUAAAACUCCAUCAACGUCUUGCUUUAAGGCAAGAUUCUACUAAGCUUUUCCAAGAAGACGUUAAACAAGUCUUGGACUGGUUGACCAAUCAUGGCGAAGUUUUCAUCAGGAAAAAUACCGGCGUUGGUCGGAAUCUGCAAAAAGCAAGAGUUUAUCAAAAGAGCCAUGAACACUUUGAAAAUGUUGCUCAGAAUACUUAUACGAAUGCCACAAAACUCCUUACUGCCGCUGAGGAACUUGCCCAUACCGGUGAAUGCGCUCCGGAUGAAAUUUACGCAGUUGCUCAAGAACUUGAAGAUCACGUCAGCAGUUUUGCCGCAAGAGUCGAGCAACGACGUAGAAGAUUGGAUUUAGCAGUCGUGUUUUACACACACGAAAAAGAACUCGCUGGAUGGGUCGAUGAACUGCGACAAGAGCUGCAGCAGGAUGAAGUGGCUGAGAGUUUGGACACUGCCGAGAGACUUUUGGACCAGUGUGCACAGCACAGAGCCUCGUGUCUUGAAGCUUGCACCUCAACGAUUGCUCAAGGUGAAGCACUCCUCCAGGAGUUGCGCGACUCGAACGAGGCUCCAGACACAACAGGCUCCGUCUCUGCCGUGGAGACUGCUCUUGAUAGACUCUCAGGAUUGCGACAAGAAUUGGAGGAACUCUGGGCAACGAAGAAGCUGAGGUUGGACCUCUGCCUUCGUCUCAGAGUAUUCGAGAGGGACGCACUUGAAGCGAGCGGUCAGCUGGAGAUGUGGACGCAGGAACUGCAUGGACCACCGCGGGAAGGCUCGCCGGAGCAACUCCUGCGCGUUCACAAUGACGGAGUGGCUCACAUGCAGAACACGGCGUUCCAAGUGCUGCAGCAGGGGCAGGAACUCGCUCAGGUGUUGGAUCAGGCGGGAGUUUGUAUUAUGGCCGAUGGACAGCACACGGCGGCGGCGAGGGUGCAAGUUCUACUCGAGUUUCUCAACGAGCGGGAAAUGGACGCGGAGGAUCUCGCGGAAAUGCGACGGGUUCGCUUGGAGCAAACUGCUCAGCUGGUGCAACUGCAAGCGGACGCUUUGCAUGUGGCCAAUUGGAUUCGAAACGGCGAAGCGAUGCUUCUCGCUUCUUUGAGGGUUCCGGAAAAUCUUCAAGAUGCCGAACAACUCAGACUCGAACACGAACAAUUCCAAGUGGCUAUCGAGAAGACUCACACCUCUGCUGUUCAGGUGAAGCACAGAGCGGAUGCCUUACUCAGCGCAAAUCACUACGAUCCAAAAAGUAUUCGCGAAGUUGCCGAAGACGUGACCAAGAGAUGGCAACAGCUCGUUACUUGCGCAGAGGAGAGACACAAGCUUGUCGCAGCGAGUAUAAGUUUUUACAAAACCACCGAACAAGUGCGUUCCGUUUUAGACAGUUUGGAAAGGGAAUAUAGACGGGACGAAGACUGGUGCUCCGGCGGUGAGAAAAGCGUUCAAGUGACCACUUUCGUCACAAAACAUCAAGAGCAGAAGGAAGGCUUUCUAAAAGCCUGCACUCUACUUCGUCGCAAUGCUGAAACUUUUCUUAAAUACACGAAUCGAAGUCUUCAGCUUUACAGCUAUCAAGCGACUGGUUCCGAGAGCAAAGUUAAAAGUAUUCUGGAGGAAUUGCUGAGUAAAGAGAAUAAAGUUCUCGAGUAUUGGACGCAAAGGAAAAAGCGUUUGGACCAGUGCCAUCAGUACGUGCUCUUGGAGCAAAGCGUGAAGCAAACUCUUGAAUGGAUCAGGGAUAAGGGAGAAGUCUAUCUUGCAUCGCACUCCAAUGUUGGCAAAAAUCGUGUCGAGAAUGAACAACUACUUCACGAGCACAACAAAUUCAAAGGGGAAGUUAAGGAAAAGAGAGAAAGAGUGAAACUAUUGAUUCAAUUCGUGGAUAAUUAUGUUGAAGAGGGACACAUUCACACUGCCGCAAUCAAGCAAUCUGUCGCGGAAGUGGAUCAGAUAUUUAGGGACUUUAGCAUGCGAAUGGAUUGUUAUAAAACUCAAAUUGAAGACGAUUUGGGAAUUCAAUCCGACGAGAGUCACAAAGAUCUUUCCAUUGACAGAAAUUCUGAUCCAUUGUUAGAGGAGAAAAUCAAGGGGAAAGACCUAAAAGAAUUGAAUGAGGAAAAGAGAAGAUCCGCUCGACGAAAAGAAUUUAUAAUGGCCGAACUCCUGCAAACGGAGCGUACUUAUGUGAAAGAUUUAGAGACUUGUAUACGAUGCUUUUUGGAGGAAACUAGAAAUGGAAAAGGAAGUGUUCCGCAUGGCCUGCAAGGACGGGAAUCUAUUAUUUUCAGUAACAUGGAAGAGAUUCAUCGUUUUCACUGUGAUAUAUUUUUGAGAGAACUUGAAAAAUAUGAAACUAUGCCCGAGGACGUUGGUCACUGUUUUGUUACUUGGGCUGCAAAGUUUGACAUGUAUGUCAUGUACUGCAAAAACAAACCGGAGAGCAAUCAAUUAUUGGUUGCUCAUGGCGGCAAUUGGUUCGAAGACUUGCAACGAAAAUACAAAGUAGAACAUCCGAUUGCCGCGUACUUAAUCAAACCAGUGCAGAGGAUUACGAAGUAUCAAUUACUUUUAAAAGACCUUCAGGCCUGUUGCCAAGAAGGUCAGGGAGAAAUCAAAGAUGGCCUCGAAGUGAUGCUGAAUGUGCCUAAAAAAGCAAACGAUGCCUUACAUUUAAGCCUACUAGAGGGAUGCGACGUGAGAUUAGAUACUCUAGGAGACGUAGUCCUUCAAGACGCAUUCACAGUCUGGGAUCCUAAGCAACUAAUCAGAAAAGGCAGAGAUCGACACAUUUUUCUCUUUGAACUUUAUCUUCUAUUUAGCAAAGAAGUGAAAGAUUCUGCCGGCAAGGUGAAAUAUAUUUAUAAAAGUAGACUAAUGACAUCGGAGUUGGGUGUCACUGAACACAUAGAAGGCGACGAGUGCAAGUUCGCCGUUUGGACAGGACGAGCGCCGACGAGCGACACUCGCGUGGUCCUGAGGGCCAAUUCUCUGGAGGCGAAGCAACUUUGGGUGAAGAGACUUCGAGAGGUCAUUCAGGAGACGUACUUCAGUCUCAGCAUGCCGAAGAGCCCCGCCAAGAAGAGUUCCAGUCAGCGAUCCAGUAGGGACCUGGAGGAGUGUGCUUCGCUCGACGACAGUGUCGAAAAUCUCGACAGGAAUUCCCUGGCAUCUUUCGGAUCGACAAACACCACCGACUCUGACAAGACCGGAGUGGCCGAAAUGACAUGGGUUGUCGCAGAUCAUUCGGCGACACCUGGUACCCGGGAGCUGUCUGUCACAAAAGGUCAACAAGUCGAGGUCCUCGAAAACGGAAACGGAAGCACCGGCAGCAUAGGAGCGGAAUGGACCCUCGUGAGAUUGGCUUCGACACCGGGUCAAGUUGAACCUCCAGCUGAAGGUCUCGUGCCAACCAGCGCCCUUAAACAACCGCCCACAGCGUCUUGUAAAACAUCGCCGUCCAGGAAACCACCGCCCGCGCAGACCAGCGUUCAAAUCGCUCAACAAACCUCCGUUGCCGCUGAAGAUGCCGAAAUCAUUGGGAGUGACGGAAGCGGACCAGCCAACACAAGCUCACCAGGAAACAAGAGACGGGGUUUCAGUUCAAGAAAAUGGCUUCCGCCUCCACUGCGUAAACUUAGUCAAGGAAAAGUUGAGAAGUCGUCGUCGACGGCGGACAGACCACCGCCUCCACCUCCACCGCCUCCGUUACUCAAGAAGACCAGUUCGGAUAAAAGAUUCAAACUUCCAAGUGGAGACAAAUCGGCGGCUAGAGCGACGUCCGAGGGCGAGGAGGAGGAGGAAUUGGGCUACGAGGACAGCGAAACGCCGGCCUUCCUCGAGCAGAACGGCGGCGAGGACGCUGAGGACGAUCUGGAAUUGCCGCCUCCCAUGAAACCCAUCACAGAACCAAUUCUCGUGGCAACUGGAAACGGUCCUCCAGGUUCAACUGCCCCCGACGAAUUGCCCGGAAAACGAGGCACCUCACUAAAUACGGAGCGCACCAUAAAAUCUUUAGACGGUGCCACGCCGGCGGAUAUCGCCGAAAUCGAACAAAUCGUUAAGGAACGAAUGGAGCAACACACAGAGAAUCGAGAGAGGCAGCACAGCUCGCAAAUCCGAACUCCAAUUAGAUCGUCGACGUCGACUGGGUCGCCGACGUUAUCAGGAACCGCAGCGACGUCCGCCGACGGAGGAUACAGCGGCGGAAUGGCUGGCAGUGUGUCGAUAACCGAGGGAGGCGAGGAUCCGGAGAGCACUAUUCUGGCGAAGAGGCAAUUCGUCAUCAGCGAACUGGUUGACACGGAGCGGGAUUACGUUAGCGAUUUGCGGCAAAUCGUCGAGGGCUACAUUGCUCUGAUGCAAGAUCCAGAAACUGACAUUCCCCUUCCCGAUGAUCUCAAGGGUGGAAAGGACAAAAUGAUCUUCGGAAAUAUUGAAGCGAUUUACGAAUUCCACCGAGAUUGUUUUCUAAAGUCUCUGGAGCACUGUCUCGAAAGACCAGAAGAACUUGGUCCACUGUUUAAACGCUACGAGAGGAAGUUGCAUAUGUACGUUGUUUACUGUCAAAACAAACCAAAGUCCGAGUACAUUGUUUCUGAGCACAAUGACGAAUAUUUCGAAGAACUCAGACAAAAGCUCGGCCACCGACUUAAGCUUUGUGAUUUAUUAAUCAAACCUGUACAGAGGAUUACAAAAUAUCAACUCUUGCUUCGCGAGGCACUCCGUUUGACGGAAGGAACUAGACGUUUAUCGGAAAUCGAGGGUCUUAGAGCAGCUGCUCACGUUAUGCGAAUCAUUCCUAAAGCUGCCAACGAUAUGAUGGAUGUUGGAAGAUUGCAAAAUUUUGACGGUAAAAUAACAGCACAGGGUAAACUCUUACUCCACGGUCCAUUAAUGGUCGCUGAACUGUCGGCGAUGCCGUCUCGCGGAAGAGAGUGGCAGGUCUUUCUUUUUGAGCAGAACAUAAUCUUCAGCGAGGCAGUUGGCAAAAAAGCUCAGUUUGUUAAUCCUGGCUACUACUACAAAGCUCACAUCCAGGUAAAUAAAUUGAGUUUAGAAGAGACAGUGGAGGAUCCUGAAAAGUUUGUGAUUCGCUCGACGGACCCGCGAAAGCCAGGUUUGGGAUUUGUGUGCAUCGUUGCGGAAGAGUCUGGGCCAAGCAAACAAGAAUGGGUGGACACAAUCAACUCAAUUCUUCAGACCCAACGUGACUUCCUUAAGGCGAUACAGUCGCCGAUCGCCUACCAAAAGGAACUUACCAAAGACCCACUCCGCAGCGCAACACCAGAACCAUUGACCCGAGCGGUCACGUCAGUCCCGCCGACGUUGACAGUGUCCGGUGCGGCGAACAAGGAGCGUGACAGUCAACGAAAGGCCCAAGUGAUCCAGCGAUCACGCACCGGGGGCCUCGACAGCUUCGAGUCGCCGAGAACGCCGAGUCCCACCAAGAGCAAGCUCAACUUCCUGGAGGGAUUUAGGAACACGCUGCGAGCGCGCUCACCAGUUCGAUCGACGUCCGUUCCGGUCGCACCAGGUGCGCGAGUGCGAUUAGCAGCGGACUGGGGAGCACUGCGAGCCGGAGAAGAGUUGAUCGUGACUAGACUCGACGGGAACGGCCUCGUGGUUUCGCCCACCGAGGGAGCCAAGGAGGAGUCCUGGAUUCCAGCCAGUCUCAUUCCGAACUCGUCCGUGAGCCGUGCGUGGUCCUUUCGACCGAGGAAGCAGAAUGCCGACAAGAAUCCCAUCGCCGAGUCGAAAAACAGCCUCGGCAAAACGCCGCCCUGCGUGUCGAGUGCGCCGUCGCCGAUAAAAGCGAACGCCGGCGAGGUGGCGAGACUCGCCGUCCAGGUCUCGGGCGCCGUCGACGGUGCCAUCGUCUCGUGGAAGCGAGAGGGCGAGGAGCUCUGCUUCGAGCAGGACGACCGUCUGCGACUCGGGCACAGCGCUGGAUUUUAUUAUUUGGAAAUUUCAAGAUGCCGGCCUUCAGACUCCGGAGUCUAUCAGUGCAAUAUUCAAUGUGAAAAUGGAUCUUGCUCCAGUUCGAUCGCCCUUCGCAUCACUGGCGGAAGCGGAACAACCUGGGCCCGAGUGCUGGACUCGACAAGAAUCGAAAUCGACUGGGAGGAUCGAGAAGUGGGGAAAUGUAGCGUCGAGUACAGAUCGUUGCCCUCCUUCAACUGGACCCUGGCCCUCGAGGAGGUGGAGAGUCCGCCAGUGAUGUUGGACCUUCUGCCGGGAACUUCGUACAGCUUCCGAGUGGUGGGCAAGAAUGGAAUCACAACGUCGGCCUCGCCGAUCGUGAACCUCCCUCUGGGCGACGGCACCGCCUGGGAAGCCGAGCAAUUCGUCGCCCGGUACUUGGAGUUGGACGAGCUCGGCAAGGGACGAUUUGCCGUCGUGCGGCGAGCGCGGGAUCGAGGAACGGGCCAGGAAGUCGCUCUCAAGCAGACUCCCAGGCGGAAGCAGUCGCGCUCAUUGACGCGCGCCGAGUACGAUUUACUCGCUUCCACUCAUCACGGGAACAUUGUCAGGGCUUUUGCGCUUUUCGAAAACGCCCCUCAGCCAGGAAUCGAUACAAUCGUCUUAGAAUUAGUUCGUGGCCCGACGCUCUUUUCAUAUUUGAGCAAAAAGACUGAAUAUACGGAGAGUAUGGCGAGUAAAUUUGCAAAUCAACUGCUCUCAGCACUUCAAUGGUUACAUCGUCGCAAUAAUUCUCAUUUGGAUUUGAAGCCGGAGAAUGUUCUGGUUGAUCAAGAGACUGGAAUUGUGAAGCUCAUUGAUUUAGGAGAGUCGGUUAGAGGACCGGUUGACGAAGUUGUGCCUCCCGCUGAUCUGGAAUUUGCAGCACCUGAAUCCGUUUUAGGCAGACCCACUGGACUUUACACCGAUAUGUGGGCUGCCGGAGUAUUUAUUUAUGUACUUCUUAGUGGACUUUCACCCUUCUUAGACGAUUCAGUGGAAGAAACAACGGCAAAUAUUUUAAAAUGUGAUUUUUGUUUCCCCGACGAAUAUUUUGAGACAAUUUCAAAUGAGGCGAAAGAUUUACUUGGUAGAUUAUUAUGCUUGAGAGGCGAAGAUCGAGCGAGUGCAGAAACAUCUUUGGCUUCCCCGUGGUUCAAGGUUUCUAAAGGUGCUACAAUUUCCUCUUCUCGAAUGGCAGCAUUUACAGAACGACGAGCACAUUGUUCAAAAACACAUCGAGAUCACCGUGACAGUUUUUAUUCGUAAUGUUCCUUAGUGCAGUAUAAAUAUAUGUAUGUUAAUCUAAUACAAAAAAUUUAUAUGAAUAAAGAUAGAAAAUGUUACUUUGUAAAUAAAUAUAGCAUAUUUAAAUUUUCUAAAGCAAA